AACCUUUAAAUACAUUCUGAGGUAGCCGAUCAUAAACAUACUGUACGUCAUGUCGAAACUGAUCGCUUUAUAUCUCCUUGUGUGCUGUUGGGUGUGCAUAACAUCACUUGUGUCUGCAAAUGCUGUAAGUGGACCAAAUUGUGCAGAGCCACAAUCGCCAAUGAUGAACUGGCUUGGAGACUUCGCUAAUAAAUAUAAGCAGAUUUAUAUGUGUAACCAUAAAACUGAUUCAAGAGCCAUAAAGGAUGACGAAGGACGAUGGUAUGCCAGCUAUAGAGCCAACACAAAUCUUAGUAGCGAGAAAGAAGCAGACCAACUGUGUGAGUGCAUGAAAAAAUUCUUGUUGCAAGAGAAAGGAUGGUCGCAAGGCUCGGUAGCUGUAUGCAAAUUGGAAUGUACGUCGCUAACAGUGUUCGUUAUUGGUGCACGAAAUGCCGAUUUUAUCGACCUGAAACCCGUAACCCAGACAUGCGAACCAGUUAAAAUUUUGGGAACGGCAUUGGAACACUAUUCGGAUGCGCAAUUGGGCGGAAUAAAUUGUAUAUCCACAAUUGGUCGCACAAACACUGGACAGUUUACCAUAACGGCCGAGUGCGAAAAUGAUCCAAAACUGCAGGAGACAUGUGAAAUUAUGUUCGAAUAUUUGAAUGCAGGUGGAUGGUUGACUGAUACCACCACACAUGCAUGUACCGUGAAGAACAAUAAACUUCAAUUGGAAAUAGUCGAGAAAACGGUUAUGGGAUACUGCUAUUAAAGACUGUAGUGUGUUCAACAUGUGAAAUGUAAAAUCAGUAGAAUUCUUCCUUAAAGAAACGAUUUCAAUAGACUCAACAUUUUUGUAAACUUCUCAUGGAAUAAAUGGAAUUAUAAGCAUAUUAUGUUAGCUA